GGAGCAAGGAGUAAGAUGCUAAAAGGCAUUUUUCCCAGAUUUCCCCGGAGUCGCUGCACGUGUUUCUUGAGCCAUUCAGAAUUUGAUUGGGAUGGCAUGUUGUUCCCGGAGUCGCACUGUUUACGCGGCGGAUUCAAAACAAGUUUCUAAUCUUCGAGAAGAAAAUGAUUUCUGCAAUCUCUUCAAUCACUGAAGAAACAUUUGAAUGAAUAUUUUGAUAUAUGUCAUCUAAAAUCAAAAUAUGUUGAUGGUGAAUCCAAUAAUUUAAAUAUAUUAAAUGACUCAAGUUAUGAAGCGGCAUAGUGCAAUAUUAAAGUAGAUAGAUACCAAUUUGAAAAACAGUCGAGUGUGUGUGAUUUAAUUGUGUUCAUCAUGAACUAUGGUAUUUAAAUGCACCAAAGAAUGAACAGCGCUAGAUCUUUGUGCGUCAUAUUUAAGACUGACUGGAGAAAUCAUUAUAAUUCUCCGAAUAAAGAAGUAGAACUUCGAAGCCAGAACAACAAUGCAGCGGGAAACAGAAACAGUAAAAUUAAAAUUUAGUUAUCCAAUUCAUCUGAAUUUAUUUUGAAUGUAUCAUUUGUUGCAAUAUUCUAUGGGUACUAUGACGAUGUUUCUAAUCAAGUUUACCUGGUUAUAGAAUAUCUGGUAAAGAUACCUAUCUUCAUACUUAAAUUGUUUAGCAGAAGGCAAAUAUGCAUGUGUGAAUGUAAAAAUUCAAUUAUCUGACAUCAAGUUCAUAAUGUAAGCUCUGUGUAAAACUCUUUGGGAAACAUGCAGUACAAAGUAUGCAAAACCCGAUGUAUGAAUGAAGGAAUUCUUAAGCAAGAACUGUCUUCAAGCCAUCAAUCUCCUUGCACUGUAGUGCAUAUCGAACUGGUCACUUCUUGGCCUGUGACUGUGCUUUGGAUUUUGCUAUCUUGGUUAGUAUCAACUCUCGCCACGACGGCAUAUGUUCAUCCAGAAUGGUUUGUCAAGGAACACCAAACUCGAAGUGAAGUUCUUGAGUAUGACAAGAAAGCUCUUGUGUCGACUUUGGGCAUGGUUUCUGUGUGUUACAGUGGCAAAAACUCUGAAUCAGCUGAAGAACUUGAAUGCCAUAACUUCGGAGAGGACUUUCCAUCCAGUUCUUGGCAAACAUCCUAUGUCCUUUUUGGUAGCGGAUGUGUUCUUCUCACCUGGUGCUCCAUUCUGGCAUUUUGCAAUGUGUGGAUCGUUGGCAGAAGAAAUAGGCAAUUAGUGGCUAUGAUGGUCGGCAGGAUACAACUAGUCGCUGUGUCCUCUCCAGAUAAUGCAUAUACACCUAAGAAAUUAAAGGCAAAUGCAAAUCAUCGCAAUAAUACAGGAAAUGGAGAAAUCAUCGGCAGUGCUGAAAGUUUAAGUGUUAGGAUUCUUUCACGACACGAAAACAUUUACAUG